AUGUGUGAUAGAGAAUUACCCUUGACACUUUUGGUACUUAUAUUUAUUAGCACCUCAGAAACUUGUACUUCACGUACCAAUAUUACUGCAGUUGAAGGGGAACCUUUCUAUCUGAAAUAUUGCUUAUUUUCACCUGCACGUGAGAAUGAAACAACCACAAUAAGAUGGUACAAAAGCAGCGAAUCCCAUGGACGUGUUGAGCUAAACCCAAGCAGUUCACCCAGAAUUACUUUGCAUGAUUAUGUUUUGGAGUUUUGGCCAGCUGAGCUGGAUGACAGGGGAUCUUACAUUUUCCAAAUGGGAAAUGAUACUCAGGAAUGGAAAUUAAGUGUCAUUGGAAGAAAUAAACACAGCUGUUUUACCAAAAAACAAGUAAUUAGUAGAAGAGUGGAAGUUAAAAAAUCUUUGGAGAUAACCUGUAACAAUAGUUACUAUCAAAAACUGGUCAACCGAACAUCAUUGUACAAGAACUGCAAAAAGCUAUCUGAGAACAGUGCAAACCCACUGCUACGGAAGAAUGCCGAGUUUGAAGACCAGGGGUACUACUCCUGCGUGUUUUCCCUUCUUCAUAAUGGAAAACCAUUUAACAUCACCAAAACCUUCAAUAUAACAAUAGUUAAAGUUCACAGUACUGUAAAUCCAGUUCUUCUUGGACCAAAGCUUAACCAUGUCGAAGUGGAAUUAGGAAAAAGUGUACAGCUCAACUGCUCUGCUUUGCUGAAUGAGAAGGAUUUGGUUUAUUGGAACUUCUGGAAAGGAAAUGGAACAGAUCCUAAUGUACAUGAAGAGAAAGGAGUGAAAAUUAGGACUUCAGAAGGCAAAUGGCGUGCUUCAACAAUAUUGAGGAUUGAGAAUAUUAGUGAAAAUAAUCUACAUUUUUUAUAUAAUUGUACUGUGGUCAGUGAGGGAGGCACAGACACCAAAAGCUUCAUCUUGUUGAAGAAAGCAGACAAGGCUGAUAUCCCAGGCCAUGUCUUCACUAGAGGAAUGAUCAUAGCCAUUUUGAUCUCAGUGGCAGGAGUGUGCCUAGUUAUUGUGUGUGUCACUUAUAGAGUUGACUUGGUUUUGUUUUAUAGACAUUUAAUGGGAAGAGAUGAAACAUUAACAGGUAACAAAUACCAGAAUGCUGGUAUUUCUUAUCUUAUGCUCUCAUAA